UGACGCAGUUCAUUUCAUGAGAGACCGACAGACUCUACCUGCCGUUACGCUAUGACUCAUCAAUGUGUUUCCACAGGAGCCCAGAUUUGCUAGGGUUUGUUACGUAAUACAAGAUCUCCAUCUCUAAACCACCCACAUAUCCACGGACACACACACACACACACACACGUGUCAAAAAUCGCAUACAUUCGUGCAGCCAUUCGUUCUUCGUCACAGGAGAGAGGGGAGGGGAACGGGGGUAUCAACAGUGUAUGUUAACAUGCACGCGCCAGUCAGUCAGUCAGUCACAAAAAUCUAGCAGCAUCUCAUCGACCUUCUUACAUAGACGCGCUCACCCACGCACACGAGGGAGGCCGUGCGCACGCCGAGACAUCCUGGACGCCCUCACGCCAUUCACGCGGCGACGGCCACCUUAGUCUCCUCUUGCUGGUCCUCCUCUUCUGACGGCGGCUCCACCCAACGGCCGUGCUCCUGACAGACGCACACAGAGCGAGACACAGAGAGAGACAGGGAGGCACAGGUUGGUGUCGUGUCUCGUGUGAAUGGGCUGUGUUGUGUGGCUCAGUGGGUGGCUGACCUUGAUGAGGUCCACGAGUCUGUCGCAGGCCUCCUCGUUGGGGAUGCCCCGCUUGACCACCUCCUUUCCCACAUACAGGUCGACCUUCCCAGGCGCCCCACCCACAUAGCCGAAGUCCGCAUCCGCCAUCUCACCCGGACCAUUGACGAUGCACCUACAAACACAACACACAACACACAACACACAGCGCCCACAGUGUGCUCAUGCCGCCCGUGAGCGUGUUUCGUGGCUCUGAGCGCUUACCCCAUGACAGCGAUUGAGACGCCCGGCAGGUGUCCCGUUUUCUGCCGUAUCUGUUCGGUGACCUCCUGCAGGUCGAAUAGCGUCCGACCGCACGAGGGGCACGAGAUGAACUCGGUCUUGAUGUUGCGCAUCCGGGAACCCUAAAAGCGUGUGGAUGUGCCUGUGUGGUGCUGCAGCUCCGUGCGUGUGUGAAUGAGUGUGGCCUCACUUGAAGGAUGCUGAAAGAGAUGAGCCUGAGGUCCUCAAGGGAGAGCGGGGCGGAGGCGGGCAGACCACCCUGUGGGAACACCCCCACACACAGGUACCAUGGUGUGUGCUUGUGUGUGCCUGUGCUACGCUAUGCGUCUGUGUAUCCACUCCCCUCUCACCUCGACCUCGACCAUGAUUCCCUCGCCGAGUGCGUCCACCAGCAGAGACCCCACCUCCACACCGCUUGAUAUCACCAAAUCCUGCACACACAACACAACCACACGCGCAAAUGGAUGCGACACAUAGAUAUCUGCAGCCGCAUCCCCGGCCACCCACAUACGCACAUACGCACAGACCUCAGCGUCGCUCGCCUCCUCUUGGGUAAAGUAGAGGUGGUGGAUCACUGCCACCCUCAGGCCCGCGCGCUUGAUGUGGUCGAACACCCUCCUCGAGGCGUGCAACCGACUCAACGACGGCUUGAUGCGCAACAGAAUCAAGGCCGGGGACGGCUGAAACACCACACACACACACACACGCACACGUCGGUUGUGCAGGGUUUGCUGUGUGUCUGUCUGUCUGUCUCUCUGGUUUCCCAUGUUGGUUCGUACUUUCAUUGUGCUGAGCUGCUGGAGCUCGUCAUCGGUCUCAUCGCCUUCCACCUCAACCGCAAGACGAAUCACACCCUCGGGGAGCGCAUAACCUGCACGCCCACAUCCACCCACGGAUGGAUGGACGAGUGCAUAGAAAUGUGUGUGUGCAGCGGUUGUGUGUGUGUGUGUGUCUACCGUCAGGGCCGGUAUCUCUGAUGUACUCCUUCAGAGUUAUCACCCCAACCGCAUCGGCGACUGUGGGUGAUUGAGUGGGUGAGCGUGUGUGCAGAGCACAGAGGACAACAAAUGCCAUCGAUUUUGGCUUGUGCGAGUGGUCUGUGUAUCUUCGUGCUUUGCUUCUGUGGCUCACGUGGCUUUGCCCUCAGCUCUGCCAUGGGCGCCAGGAUGCCCACGUUCACCUACAGAGAGGUAUCCCAUAACACACAUCGCAUUGCAUUUUCGCGAAAAGCUGUGCCACGUGGGUAUGUACAGCGCACAUACCUCCUGCAGUCGUCUGAGUGCGAGCCUCCUGCCGGCGUCGUCCGUGUCGGGCAGGCGGCGCAUGAAGAUCGAGUCGCUCGUGGCGAUGUCCUUGAAGGGCAUACCCACCACCAGCUUGCACCCAAGCUGCGCGUACAGCUUGUCCUGUGACACACAGCGCCACACAACGGGGAGCGGUCAGGGGGGCUGUUGGGUGGCUGGGUACACCCUCACAGGUUGUUGCAGGUCGUCAAGUGUGACGGCGCUGAGGACCGAUCCGUCUCGGUUGAGGAGGCCCCGCACGUCCCACGUGUCCGACGGCUCCUGGGAGGGAAGAUCCACCUGGGGUCGCGCAAUCACAUACACACAUAGAUACAACAACAUGCAGCAAUCGAGUCGAUGUGCGCAUAUUCAUGAGCUUGGUGUGUGUCUGUCUCGUGUUGUGUCUGUCGUGGUGUACUGUACGCACCUCUCUCCUCGAGAAGGUCUGGAAGUCGCGUGUAGUCUCUUCGAACUCGGGGACAGCCAACUGCACACAAACACACCACAUCACAUCACAUCACAUCAACUACAAGUGCGGUGGGUGGGGAGGCAGUGGCUGCAUCAAGCACCUGUUUCUGUCUCGCUUCGGGUGUCAGUUUGCUCCUGGCGAUGUCGGCCAGCUUCCCACAGGGCGUCAGCUCGUACCACGGGUCCUGACAAGCAGGUGGAGGGGACAAACACACACACACGUUGAAACAUCCACCCAAAUGUGUGCAUACGUUUGUGUGAGGAUCUGUCUGCGCGCGAGUGUGCGUGUCGGUGGGGUGGCUCCCUCGCCCCCUCCCUCCCUCCUUGCUGCAUAUGGUACGUACCUCAGUGAGUGAGACCCUGAUUGUGUCGCCGAUGCCGUCCUGCAGCAGCGCGCCGAUGCCUAUGGCGCUCUUGAUGCGACCAUCCUCACCUGCAAGACAACACACCAUUCACAACUACCUGUUUGUGUGUGUACUGUGGGAUAUUCUGCCUCUCACCUUCGCCCGCCUCGGUGACGCCCAGGUGUAUGGGGUAGGCGAAGCCGCGCGCAUACAUCUCGGCUACCAACAGCCGAUAUGCCUGCACACGCACAUUGACAAAUCGAUAGGUAGGUGAUACAGACAGGCGCGUGUGUCGGCGUGUGUGUAUGGGGGCAGGGGGAUACCUGCGCCAUGACUAGCGGGUUGCUGGCCUUCAUCGAGAAGCAGAAAUUGUGAUAGUCGUUGGCCCUGACACCCAUACACGUAUUGGGUAUGACAUGGCUGAAUAUGCGGGCACCUGCUGCCCCCCUCCCUCCCUCCCCCAGCACAAUUCCCUCCCCACCGGCAGAUGUCUGCAAAUUCCAGCGCCGACUCGACCAUGCCUCUCGGGGUGUCACCUGCACACACCCACCCCACAGACGCAUCUUCAUGUGUGUACAUCCCUUAUGUGUGUGUAGAUCCGAUCCGUGUGUUAUGGGUGGGUACCGACCGAAGAAAGAGAGGAUCCUGUUGCUGAGAGAGCCGUGGUUGGUGCCGAUGCGCAUCGCCCGGCCCAGUGACUUGCACUUCUCAACCAAAGGGGUGAACAGCUGAUGGAUUGUACGUACCCAGGUGCCCAGACACAACGUCACACUUGUGUGUAGGGACGGACAUACAGCACGGCCUCUCUGCGUGUGUCCGUGUCUGUGGCCUCUCGCUAAUUAACCUCUUCGAUGCGCUCACGGCCCUUCAGGAAGUCACUGUAGUCGUCAAACACCUGAACAACGCACACACACGCGGUCAUGCGAACUAUCUGCACGCACAAUGCACAGUGUGGGCGCUCGCGGCACUUACCAGUUGGUCGAAUUUCUUGGCCCCGUCGGCGAAGUUGCCUGGGUUGACGCGCACCUUCUCAAAGGCGUCGGCAACCAUCAUGGCCACCUGUCACACCACACACAAGACCACACACGAGACAACACAUCCAUUCAUGAUCCAUCCAUCCAUCCAGGGCUGGGUGGCUGACCUUUGGGGCAAAGUGUAUGUCGGCCACGAGAGGGAUGUCGUAUCCUUUUUUGAAGAGCUCCUCGCGGAUGGCGGCGGCGGCCUCGGCCUCCUUGAGGCCCUGCACCGUCAGACGACAGAUGUCCGCACCCGCAUCGGCGAUACGCAUCACCUAAUCCAACCAACCAGCCAGCCAAUGCAAGGCACAGGAAGGCGUUCAGGAUUCAGGUCAGGUCAGGUCACUCGGGCAGCGGCCAUGUUUGUCCGUGUGCGUGUCACGUCACCUGCUCGACACUGGCUUUGACGUCUCUAGUGUCUGACGUGGUCAUCGUCUGCAACGCGAUGCGAUGCUGGCCGCCUGCAUCCGUCGCGUCGCACCCAUACACAAGGUCGAGUGACGUGCACGUCUGCAGUGCAUGCCAGCCAACAGUGUGUGCCCGCACCUACCUAUCGGCACUUUGCCGAUCCACACGGUCUGCGAAGGAAACCUGCAAGACAAAAGGCGUCCGUCCAUGAGUGAGCGCUCGGAGGCAGGCAGACAUGACAUAACGAUAGACGGCGGUCGAUGGACUGUGCUGACCUCUCAGUGGUCCUCAGCGACUCGCAGUACUUCUUGAGGUCGGCCGGCGACGUCUGUCCGGGCAUCAGGAUGGGCGACGCUGCCUCGGUGUCCAUCAGCUACACACAGCAUGCACAAACACAACACAGCACAGGACGCUCUCAUGCAGCUGACGUUGUGCCAUGAUGUGCUGCACUCACGUAUUGACUGCGCCGUAGCCUCUGAAGACGCGGACCGUCAGACCUGCACAAUUUAACACACCAGAGCCAUAUGGUACAGACAGACAGCCAUUGCCUGCACACAGGUAGACAGACGCACACACACACACACACACCUGAGUGGUGUUGUGCCAGGCACCACGAAUGCGCCGCCAAUCUCGCCGCAUCGACCAACGUGACUGCCUGCCAACAGCAGGAGCAGUGCGGCUGAGCGCAUGGCAGAGCCAGCCACGCACUUCAUUCACGGACGCCCGAGAUGCGAUGUGACGCAGAUCAAAAUCCGCACCGGAUGUCAAACUCUGACCUUUUUUGGCUUGGCCAGCGUCUUAUUGCAAGCGCAUGACCUCGGAUCUUGGCGAAAAAGGU